AUAAAUGAAUAAUAUAUUUAAAUAUAAUAUAAAAUCAUAUCAAUAAUGAAAUGAGAACUAAGCAUACUGAGACAAAUAAUUAUUAAGCGAAACUAGAUUUUUAUGUAGUUAAUUCUGAUUCAGCAUUUUAAGAUUUAGUAGUACUACCAAUAACUUAGACUUCAAAGUUCUUGAGAGAUGAUUUAUUAGAAUCAUUAUUGGCUAAGGUUCUGACAUUCUUAUUAACAGCUUCGAUAGUAAAUUAAAUUUAAACAAUUGCAUUAAGAGAAGGUUCAACCAAUUCAAUAGCAAGAAUAAUAACUCCUGGAUUUUUUUAAUUGAUAACAGUAGUCAUUUUGGUGAGGUUAAGCACACUGCUUUCGCUUUUGUAAAGGACUCUAUUAAGAGUGAGUUUUUUACUUAAAGUGCUGUCAAUAAACCAAACUUUAGUGUAUAAUUUAUCAUAAAUAUUAAAGACUGUGUCAGCUCUAAUAGUUUUACAACUUUCAUCAGAACAAAUUUAUGAUUAAGUAUCUAAAUCAACAAUAACUUAACAUUGAGAAGAUUAGGUGCCUUCUUUAUCACAAAUAUCAGUUAUUUAUUUAGUAACAUUUAAAGAAAAAGUUUCAAUGACAUUUCUGUUUGUGUAUACAGUGAUUUAGAAUUAUAUUUAUUUGAGAACUCCUCUUGAGUUUCCUAAGUCCAAAGCAAAAUUAAGUACUUAGUAAGUUUGACUUCCUUUAACAUUGGUGGAGUAGGCAUAAUUAUAAAUUUAAGAUAAAGGAAGAGAAACUAAUAAUUAUUAUACAUUAUUACGUUUUACGUAAUUAGUGGAGAAUGGUUAAUAUCCAUCUUAUUCGUUUUAUUCAAUUAAUAAUUUAGCAGAUAAAGAUUAUUAACAAAUUUCGUCAAUUGUUGUACGAUUAAACUCGAAGUCAAUAAGAAUAUAUAAUUAUUACACAUUACCAACUAAUUUAGAAGAUGAAUUAGUUACUACUACAAUAUUUUUAAUUUAUUAAUAUAAAUCUCUAUCACAAUCGGAAAAUUCAACAUAUUAUUCUUAUUUUG